AUGUGCGCGCGCGCAUCAAAAAUUGUGGUAUCAGCAGAGAUGAAAAGAGAUCGUGUGAUUUUAUGAGUUAUAACUUAUAAAUGGAUAUGAGACUUAGUUGAACCUUCAGUAGCCAGCAGAUCGAGUCGAUAUCGAUUCAUCGCAAAACAAAGCUAGAGAGAGCGACGAUCAAUGGCGGGAGAGAGCCGCGGCAGCAUCGCCUUCUUCGCCACCUACCGCCCGCCGGUGCCGCUCGACGUCUUCUCCUGCCCGGUUGCGCCGCCGCCGUCCUCCCCGCGAGACGAGCUCCACCUCACCGAUGGCGUCUCCUACAACCACAGCUGCCGCCCCAUCCCGGCCGCCGCGCUCAGGGCGCUCCUCCAGCGCCCCAAGCUGGCCUCCGAGGCCACCACCGCCGACGUCGACGCCGGCCGCAUCACCGGCCUGGUGUUCGUCUCCGAGAGGGACAGCGGGCUGGAGACGCUGCACGUAGCCCUGCGCUUCGAUGGCGGCAAGCAGGUGAAGGUGUUCGGCCUGGCCGACAUCUUCGGCGCCGGCGGCGACUUCAGCGGCGUCCGCAUGGAGGACAGCGGCUGCUUCGGCGGCGGCUACAGGGAGCGCGGCCGCGCCGUGGACCACACGCUGGUGUACGUGUCCACCAGGGAGCCGGUGGCGGCUCGCCGGAGCCCAUGGACGGUGGUGUACGGCACCAACCUGAGGACCGGCGAGACGGCCCGCCUCACCCCGAGGGGGACCUUCGACCUGAGCCCCGCCGUGUCGCCGUCGGGGAAGAGGGUGGCGGUGGCGUCGUGGCAGGGCAAGCCCGGCCUGUGGGACGGCGAGAUCGAGGACCUGAGGACGGACAUCUACGUGAUGAACGUGCACAAGCCGCCGCUGGGGCGGACGGGCCCGGUGGUCAAGAACGCCGGGUGGCCGACGUGGGGCAGCGACGACGUCAUCUUCUUCCACCGCCGGGUCGGCACCACCUGGGGCGUGUUCCGCUUCUCCAUGAGCACCGGGGAGGAGGCGCGCGUGACGCCCGAGGAGUUCGACGCCGUGACGCCGGCGGCCAUCAGCGAGACGAAGGUCGCGGUGGCCACCAUCCGCAGGAAGUCCCAGUUCAGCGACGUCCGCGUGGAGGAGCAGUACCGGCACAUCGAGAUCUUCGACGUGGCCUCGCCGGAGCAGCCGGUGAAGAUCACGCAGAAGACUAGGCCCAAGACCGACCACUUCAACCCCUUCGUCCUCGACGGCGGCAGCCGCAUCGGGUACCACCGGUGCAAGAGCGAGCAGCUUCACCAGAAUAACGGUGGAGGCGGCAGCAGUGUAGCCAACAACUUCCACAAGCUGCAGUCGCCGCACAAGGACGUGGGGUUGUUCAGGGUGUCCGGCGUGUGCCCGACCAUCUCCAAGGACGGCUCCAAGCUCGCGUUCGUGGACAACGAGUUCAAGGCGGUGUGGCUCGCCGACAGCCAUGGCCUGCGCGUGGUGUACGAGAAGAAGGGGCCCAACAGCGUGUUCUCCACGGCGUGGAACCAGAACACGGCGCUCGACACGCUCUACGUCUGCGUCGGCCCCUCCUUCAGCGCCGACAAGCCGCUCCAGAUCUACGCCAUCCACGACGUGUCCGCGCUCGGCGGCCGCCAGCAGCGCCGCCUCACCGCCGGCGCCUCCAACAACGCCUUCCCCUCGAGCAGCCCCGACGGUGGCAGGCUCGUGUUCCGCUCCACCCGCGACGGCGGCGGCGGCGGCAGGCGGCACAAGAACCUGUACGUCAUGGAGGACGCCGCCGUCGGCGAGUUCGGCACCAGCAAGGUGACGCGCCUCACCAGCGGCGCGUGGACGGACACCCACUGCAGCUGGUCGCCGCGUGAGGGGAGCGACUGGAUCGUCUUCUCCUCCACCCGAGACAAGCCCGCCGCCGCGCCAGCCGACGACAACGGCCUCGACCCGGGCUACUUCGCCGUGUUCCUCGUCCGCGCCUCCGACCCCACGGUGGUGGUCAGGGUGGUGAGGAGCGCCGACAGCGUCGCCGGCCACGUCAACCACCCGGUGUUCAGCCCCGACGGCCGCAGCAUCGCCGUCACCGCCGACCUCGCCGCGGUGUCCGCCGACCCGAUCUCGCUGCCGCUGUUCCUGCACUCCGUCCGCCCCUACGGCGACAUCUUCACCGUGGACAUCGACCCCGACGACAUCAGCAAGAACAGGGACGUCAGGGCGUUCCACCGCGUGACGCACAGCCGCUACGAGAACUCCACGCCGGCGUGGACCACGUUCGCCACCGACGACCCCAACGCGCAGUGGAGCACGCUGGUGACCACCAAGGAGGCGGCGGCUUACCGUCCGGCCUGCCCCUACGCCCACCCCGACGGCGGCGACAGCUGGCACAUGACCGGCCACCUCCUCCUCCCCAAGAGAUGCUGCUAGCUAGCUAAUUAAGCAAUGCCUAAUUAUCCAGCCAUAAUUAAUGAGAAAUUUGAAAUUCCCUGUACUUUUUAGUUUCUUUCCAUUCCAACCGAUCCGAGUGAGCUCUCUGCUAGGAGUGCUGUUGGAUACAUGAAAUAGUAAUAAGGCCCUGUUUGGGAGGGCCGCAGAUAUUAUCUGCUUAAUUCUCAGUUGCAACUGAGAUUAUUUCCAAAGACAUUUUUCUUGAGAAGUCCAUGUCUGGGAAUACAUGUGUUUGCCUCUUAUCGUC